AUGUCGAGAGAGACCUUCACAGAGGUUAAGGUCAUCACGAACUCAUUCCCUCUGCUCAAGCUGCCCUCCGUUGCAUACGCGCAAUAUAGAGACUUCAAUCCCGACUUCAACGAGGGAAAGAAUUUUGUGAAGAAGCGAGAAUAUGUUCAUCAUUUGCAAACCAAGGUAGCCAACGACAUUUUCGGCAGACACUACUUCCUCUACGAUGGAAGGGAGCUUGGUUAUGCCGAACCGGAACUACAGAAGAUUCUAGGGCCAGCCAAAACGUUUUAUGCUGAUCUUCGGUCAACACGAUUAUUCAGUCCGACCGAAUUCAUACCGCCGACGGGGAAAGGCAAGCUGAAGACCAAGACUCCUUGCGUCGAGAUCAAGUUCACGCGGACGUCCGGACCUCUCAUUGGGUAUCAAGAGAUAUCCUAUGUCAUGGGGAACCUCAGGAAUCCCGAAGCCAAGGAACGAAGGGAAAAUGUAACCAACUUCCUACAGUUGAUCUUACGCCACAAUACCAACAACACAUAUCCAAAUAACGGGAAGACCUAUUUUCCGUACACUGUCAGGGACGUCGAGGAAGACGACAACAACCGACGCAGAAUGAGAUUACCUCGGGAUUCAAUCCGGGACGCUGAGCGAAUUCCCUCGAGCGGGCUUGAGCUUCGACGUGGCUUGUUCCAUUCAAUCCGCCCUACUUUCGACCGAAUGAUCGUGACUGUCGAUACUUCAGUUGCAAUAUUUAUUCCUGGAGGACCCCUCCAAGAUGUUAUUGGCACUUUCCUGGAUCAGCACAAUCUCCGAUCGCUGAGAGAGGGUACUCCACAGUUCAGGAAGAUGGUGCAGUAUUUCAAAAACGUCAAGAUCAGGGUGAAAGUUCCGGAAAAGAAUUCCGAGGUUACUAAAACAAUACGGAAUUUCGUUUCCAGUGGAGGGCACUUUAUGUUCGAAGGUCCAGACGGAGAGAUGAGUGUCGCAGAGCAUUACCUGCGCACACACAAUUACAGGGUGCGGGUACCACAAGCACCAGGUGUAGUCAUUCGCGAGAAUCCGGUUAAAGUUGUGGUACCCAUGGAAUUGUGCGAACUGGUGGAGAACCAAAUGUUUCGCAGGAAACGACCUGAAGAGACUGCCCACAUGGUUCGGUUUUCCAUCAUUCGUCCACAGGAUCGACUGAAGAAAAUCAAACAAGCUGCCCGGAACUACGAUGCAUACGAGGCACUGGUGCAGGCAGGAAUGGAGAUUGGCAGAGACCCACUGACGGUGGAUGGAAAGUUAUUGACGGUUCCUACACUCGUAUACGGUAACGGUGAUCGCAUGGCAAGUCUUUCAAGUUCAAUAGAGCUUGGAAUGAACGCAAAGCCUCCUCUCGUGCAACGCAGUCUCGUCGACAGUGCGAGCACGCAAGGGGAUCUUGUCGCUCUCGUGAAAGAAUGUGCCGCGAUUGCAGGGAGAAUACACAACAUCAACCUUUUGGACGACCACCUUCGGCGGUUUAUGCUUGUCGUAAUCCUUCCCGAGGACGCGCUCAAUCUCAAAGCUAAAGUGAAGUACUUCGGGGACAUCACGCAUGGCGUUCCGACCCAGUGUUUGAGAGUCAGCAAGUUACUGGAUCCGAAAAGCAGGAGAUUGAAACAGCCACGACAACUCAACCAGUAUUUCAACAAUGUAGCUCUGAAAAUCAAUGCUCGCUUGCGAGGUGUCAAUGUAAUGCUGGAGUCGAAAAUCCCUGGGGGUUCGCCCUUGGCGAUACUAUCCACCCAAGGGAGAAAGACGAUGAUCAUUGGUGUUGAUGUCAGCCAUCCCGGUCCUGGAGUUACCAACCGACCAUCCGUAGCAAGUUUGGUAUUCAGCCUGUACCAAGGGGGAGCCCAAUAUGCAGCAACGACAACGAUCCAGAAACCCAGACUAGAAAAAGUCGAACAGCUGGCCUCGAUGUUUACCUAUGCCCUGAAUAGCUAUUCGGCAGUGAUGGAGGGGCCACCGAAUACCAUCGUCUAUUAUCGCGACGGCGUCUCUGAGGGAGAAUACACAACCAUCUUCGAAGAUGAAAUGGCGAAACUAGAAGGUGGGGACUUUGCCUUCGUGUUUCUCAGGGAUCUGGCUUAUGCCUUCUCUCCAGCGGGAUUCUUAGAGUUCAAAGAACAGAAUAAGGGCAAGGGCCCCAUUCCAGACAAACUGCAGUAUACCUUCAUUGUCGUAGGAAAACGACAUCACACCCUCCUCUUUCCUCCUACCCCGGACGUGGCAGACUCUACAGGCAACUAUAUACCAGGCAUUACGGUUGACACAGGAGUGGUACAGCCAUUUGUCCCCAACUUUUACUUGCAAUCGCAUUCGGCGAUUCAAGGCACGUCUCGUUCAAGCCAUUACAUCGUACUGCGAAACGACACCUUCCCAAGUCUACUUGAGAUUGAGCGUCUGUCAUUCGAGCUAUGUCAUAUCUAUGCCAAAGCUACUCGAUCUGUCUCUAUACCUGCCCCUGUCUAUUAUGCUGACUUGGCAUGUGGGCGUGGAAACUUCCAUUUUAGCCCGACGAUCAUGGGUCACGGAAUAGACGACAGCGCCUCAUUUGUAUCCACCGGGUCCGACAAGUACGACGACGACUACUGGAAGGAGGUAUUCCGAAAGGUUCAUGUUAACUUGCAGCCCUUGAUGUACUUUCUAUGA